UAAUGCCACUUGCAUGCCCAAGAGUCCUAGACACAGCAGGAAAUCGUGUUAGUUUACCAUUUUCCAAACAAUGAAUCAAAUGACCCUGCAGAAGUUCCACAUUAUAUCUUUGAGUGCAUGGGUCUGUUCCGUUAGCUUCUGCAGUGGUAUUUGCAAUCGCAUAUUGACCACAGUCAUUUCCAUUUUCCUGAAAUGUGCAGUCCAUGAAUUUCAACAAAAUUUUGUCAAAUUUCUUUGGUGGGGUAUCCUUCCUAAGUAAAUUACACACUACUUGUUGAACUUGAAAACUAAGAGAUGUGAAGCUGAAAUUGUAGAUUUUACUUCUUAUUAAUUGUUCGCUUUCAUGUUUGACAAUUUAGCCAGUGGGAUCCACUUUGUUCUGGAGAUCUGUUGACAAUCUAAAUGAAAUUACCAUAUGCCCGGGGAAAUGUCAGAUUGACAGAUUUUUUGUUUUCAGUCAUGACCAGUUAGUACUGGUAAACAGAAAUGAUGUCAUGGCAUUUUGAAGACACUUGACAACAAAGUUCUGAAAUGGCUAAAGUUACAGAAGAAAUGUAUGGCAGCGGAGAUGGUGCUGUGGAAGAUAAAUGUAGACUAAGUGUUCCAACAAAGAAGUUGAGACUAUCCUUGAAAACAGAAACUAUUACAGAAAACAGUUGUAUUGAUGUGACUGAUUGGAAACACCAGAAUGAUUAUGAUGAACAUAAAGAUUCCACUAUGCUGCCAGACUUGAAGAGGCAAACUAGAAAAAGUGCUAGACACAAAAUAGGCUUAAAGAAAAUGCAAAUUGAGGAUACUAAAGUUAAACACACUCAAAUCAAGAAGCUGGAUAAACAUAAUAACUCCCAAGAAAAGAAAAAAAGUGAAAAAAGUCGAAAAAAGAAAGAAGAAGGGAUACUUCCAGAGGACUCACACAACAUUCUAAAAAUAACAAAUUUCACUGACAUGUAUGAGAAACUGAAUGUGCUCAAGAAACAAUCACUGAGUGAUGUGUCAAAGAAACAGCUUGAUCACACUGGUAGCAGCAUUCCAAUGUCAAAGCAGCAGAUAGAUGAUAAAAUAGAAAAGCUGGAAAGCACUGACACAGCAAAAGAAAGUUUUAAAUCAGCUCAGUGUAUGGUUGUAAAGAAGACACUAUUAGGAAAUAAAGUUGUGAUGUACUGCAAUUCGUGUGAUCUCUCAUUUUCAUCAGAGUCUCAUUUUGGUACUCAUGUACACUACAAGCAUGAGGGAGACUGGGACAAUACAAUUGGUAAACAACACAACAGAGUGGCUCAGAAAAAGAUAAAUGUGGUCAAGCAAGGUACAAAGAAGAGAAACUUGAGGAAAUCAUCACAGUUGGAAAAAAAUUGCAAGGUGUGUGGUAAGAAUUUGUGCAAUAAACAGACUUUGAAGGAUCAUAUGAAUAUACGUAACGGGCUUCGCCCUUGUGUCUGUGAAGAGUGCGGGAAGUCGUACAAAGACAAUGGAUCACUUAGUUGUCAUAAAAAAUCACAUGACAUCAAAGAAUCUGUAUGUCCUGUGUGCUCAAAAGCUUUCAUGUGCAUGUCUUAUCUUAAAAUUCAUAUGAAGACGCACAGUUCUGAACGUAAAUUUAAAUGUGAGAUUUGCUCAAAGACAUUUGUACAGAAAAGCCACUUGAAUAAGCAUAUAAAAUGCAUUCAUGAUAAGAUAAAGGACCAUGUGUGUGAUGUAUGCGAUAAAGCUUUCUCUGACAAGUGGAAGUUGGUAUUACACAAGAGAAACCAUACAAAUGAGCGUCCAUAUGUCUGUGAGAUUUGCCGUAAAACAUUCAAAGACGGUAGUUACUUGAAUAUACACAUUCGUUAUCAUACAGGUGCACGUCCCUAUGCUUGCUUACAGUGUGACAAAACAUUUGUGCAAGCUAUUGAUAUGAAACGUCAUAGUCUUGUUCAUAAGGAAGAAUUGCCAUACAAGUGUAAAAUAUGUAAUCACAAGUCAAGACUAGAGUCGAACAUGAGGGUUCACAUUAAGAUUCAUGCUGGAGCUGUGUACACCUGUAAUGUAUGUAGACGAGAUUUUUCAACAUCAAAUUCCCGAGACAGGCAUAUGAACACACAGCAUACCUUGGAUAAUGGGAUGAAGUUGUUGGUCCAGCAAGGAAAUUGAGCAAAUAUUUAUUCCAGAGGAAGUGAUAUUGUUCACAAACUGUUUCAAGCAAACACGUUAUGAAAUCAUAUGCCAUUAUAUAAUUGUCUUGUUGUUUUAUUAGUUGACAUUACUUCAAUAUACUUGCUAAAUAUUAUGCAGCACUUUGAAAAAAUUGACAUGAUGAUUCAAACUUUCAGCUUAUAAGGGAGCCAGUGUUUAGUAAUUAAUGUGAUGUUUUUAAGAUGUUAUGUUAAUGUUGAAGUGCUAUACUGUUAUUUUUUAUUGUUAAUGAUUUCAGUUAUUUUUCUGUUUUAAGAAACAUUGUCUCUUUGAAUGCACUAGCAUUAUUUUAACAGAAAUUUUUCUGACCAGGAUAGCUUAACAGAUAAAGCACAAGAGUUUAAUUCUGAAAUCUGUAGAUUGAUUUUUGAAUAGUCUGCUGGGCUAGAAAGGCCUACAAUUAUCUGCGAUAUUUUACUAAAGACAGUACAUCUAAGGUCAUUUGUCGUCCCCACCACUUAUUCAUGCAUGGAAAUUGUUAGUUAUUUGCUGUAAAAUUGUAACUUCUUAAGCAGUUGAACCUCAAGAAGAGACAGAGAAAGUCAGUCUUCUGCAUAAACUUCGCCCUUAAUUUUAACACUUUUAAAAUUAGAUGUCAAGAAGCAAAAUACAGUUCCCCAAAUUGUUUUUAGAAAUCAGCAAUUUGCCAUAUUUAAAAAAUGCCAGUUCUUAACACAUAUACUGUUGGGUUCUGUUUUACCAUCAGCUAGUAAAUAAUGAAACCAGGAGGUAAUAAGCACUGAUAUAUUCUUAUAUAAAAUUUCUUUGUGUAAGGCUUUUAUUUGUUUUUAUACAGAAUGGUUUUAUAUACUUGCACUGAAAAUUAACAGGAUCACAGAUAAUAAAUGAUCUGUAAUAAAGUUCACCUUGUACUUAAGUCUUAAAAAGCAUCUCUCCAUCAUGCUUCACCCGCCCACUUAGCUCAGUAGGAAGAGUGUUGGUCUACAGAUCACCGGGUCGCGAGUUCAGUCCCUAGGCAGGCAGGUUGUAUGUUCUCCCUGAUGAUUGGAAAAAAAAAAUAUUGUGUCUGAAAUCAUUUGUCCUUCUCUUCUGGUAAUACAUGUGGGGAAGUUGGCAGUUACUUGCGGAGAACAGGUUUGUACUGGCACAGAAUCCAGGAACACUAGUUAGAUUAACUGCCUGCUGUUACAUGACUGAAAUACUGUUGAAAAACGGGACAAAACGCAAAACAAAUAAGUCAUGCUUCAGCAGUCCAGUUAAUCCAAGUACAGUAAGACAGUUUUCAAGAUGACAAAUUAUGUUUUUGAAGUCUUAAUAGAAACAAUGGUUUGUCACCAAAGAUCAUUGUCAUUAAUAAGAAUUUGCGACACUGUAAAUGUAAGAUAAAUAUAAAAUUGACUUUAUACGUAUGUACUGUUUAAGGAACUGAAAUUGAUGUCAGGUCAUCUAAAGACAGUUGUUUUCUUUGGAUAUAAAAUUAUAGCAGUUCUAACAAGUGCCAUAAGAAAAGCUUUUAUUAUCAGUAUUAAUUUGAACUGGUCAGAUAGAUAAUCUUUAAUUUAGUGUACAUCCCUAUUUUAUUGUUCAUUUACAAAGUUUUACCUGAAAAUUAACAGGAUUGCAAGUUUCAUUUUUUGUGAUUUUUGUUUAACUUUUAAGGUACAUUAAUCUGCAAUAAAGUUCCAAAGAAUGAAUAAA